AUGGCGACAAGCGCUGCUGCCAAGGCCAUCGAGGCCCUGGCAAUUUCCAAGACAAAGGAGCUGAAAGGCACCGAAAAGCGCGACACCCUUAUUGCGAUCGAGAAGAAGUACCAACUCAAAUGGGAGGAGGACCGCGUCUUUCAGUCUGACGCCCCCACGAUCGAGGAGGUUGCCCUCAAUGAGCUCAGUGCCGCCCAGCUGAGGGAGAAAUACCCCAAAUUCUUCGGAACUAUUGCGUAUCCCUACAUGAACGGCACCCUCCACGUCGGCCACGCCUUCAGCGUUAGUAAGAUCGAGUUCACCACCGGGUUCUCGCGAAUGCAGGGCAAGCGGGCCCUGUGGCCCCUGGGCUACCACUGCACCGGCAUGCCCAUCAAGGCCAGCGCCGACAAGAUCACAGACGAGGUGGCCAAGUUCGGCCGCGACUUUGAGAACUACACGGAAGAGGAGGAGGUCGUCGUUGAGGAGCCUGCCGCUGCCGCCCCGAAGCAGACCAAGGAGGACCCGACAAAGUUCUCAGCCAAGAAGGGUAAGGCGGCCGCAAAGACCGUCAAGCUCAAGUAUCAGUGGCAAAUCAUGGAGGCGAUUGGCAUUCCGAAGCAGGAGAUCCACCUCUUUGCGGACCCCCAGUACUGGCUGGAAUUUUUCCCUCCCUUGUGCAAGCGAGACCUGACCAACUUUGGUGCGAGAGUCGACUGGCGAAGGCAAUUCGUCACCACCGAUGCGAAUCCAUACUACGAUGCCUUUGUUAGGUGGCAGAUGAUCCGCCUGAAGGAGCUGAACAAGGUUAAGUUCGGCAAGAGAUAUACUAUUUACAGCAUCAAGGAUGGCCAGCCAUGCAUGGACCACGACAGAUCAGAAGGCGAGGGAGUUGGUCCUCAAGAAUACACUGCCUUGAAGCUCAAGGUCCUUGAAUGGUCGCCAAAGGCCGCGGAGUCAAUCCAAGGCAAACUGCCUGCUGACUCUUCAGUCUUCCUGGUUGCUGCUACUCUGCGACCUGAAACCAUGUACGGUCAAACGUGCGCCUUCGUCGGUCCUAAACUGUCAUAUGGUGUGUACAAGGCAUCUGGAAAUCAGUACUAUGUUAUCACAGAGCGCGCGGCAAGGAAUAUGGCUUUCCAAGGCAUUUUGGACAAGGACUUUGUCGUGCCACAGAAGGUCGCUGAUCUGCACGGGUCAGAUAUAAUAGGAACUCAAGUGAACGCGCCUCUCGCUAUCCACCAGAAGGUCCAUAUCCUGCCCAUGGAGACCGUCUUGGAAACCAAGGGUACCGGUGUCGUUACUUCAGUUCCAUCAGACAGCCCUGAUGACUACGCUACCGUUACGGAUCUGGCAAAGAAGGCAGACUACUAUGGUAUCAAGAAGGAGUGGGCCGAGCUUUCGAUUCCAGAAAUCAUUGCUACUCCAAGUUACGGCAACCUGUGCGCCCCGUUCCUGGUGAAGAAGCUGAAGAUUGCAUCUCCCAAGGAUACCAAGCCCCUGGCCGAGGCCAAGGAGUUGGCAUACAAGGAGGGCUACUACAGUGGCAAGCUCCUGGUGGGCGACUUCAAGGGCGAGUCCGUUGAGUCUGCGAAGCCGAAGGUCCGACAGCAGCUGAUCGAUGCCAAUGAGGCAUUCGCAUAUGCCGAGCCAGAGAACAAAGUAGUGAGUCGAUCAGCAGAUGUAUGCAUCGUCGCUUUGAUGGACCAGUGGUAUCUGGAUUACGGCGAGCCUUCUUGGAGAGACACCGCUCUGGAGUGGGUUGAGAACAAAGAUGGCAAGGGCCUGAACACCUUCACUUCGGAGACCAAGCAUGCUUUUACCGGCGUGCUUAACUGGCUGAACAAGUGGGCAUGCGCCAGGACAUACGGACUGGGAUCCAAGCUGCCAUGGGAUCCGCAGUUCCUUGUCGAGUCCCUGUCAGACAGCACCAUCUAUAUGUCAUACUAUACCAUCGCCCACUUCCUCCACAAGGAUCUGUUCGGUCGCGAGAAGGGCCUUGCAGACGUUGGGCCGGAGCAGAUGAUCGAUGAGGUCUGGGAUUACAUCUUCUGCCGAAGAGAGCUCAGCGACGAUAUUCUGUCUAAGUCUAAAAUUCCGAAGGCGCAGCUGGAGCAGAUGAGGAGAAGCUUUGAGUACUGGUACCCCCUGGAUCUCAGAGUGUCCGGAAAGGAUUUGAUUCCCAACCAUUUGACAUUUUUCAUCUACAACCACAUCGCUCUCUUCCCUCAGGAGUACUGGCCUCGUGGUGUGCGAGCAAACGGACAUUUGCUGCUGAAUGGAAGCAAGAUGUCAAAGUCAACUGGCAAUUUCAUGACGCUGGCCGAUGCUGUUAAGAAAUAUGGUGCUGAUGCUGCUCGUAUUGCCCUUGCUGAUGCUGGUGACGGUAUCAGCGAUGCCAAUUUUGAGGAAGAUGUUGCGGAUAACUCGGUCCUGAGACUGUACAACAAUAAGGAAUGGAUCGAAGAUAUCGUCAAAGAUCCUGAACUGCGAACUGGAGAGCUGAACUCAUUCCAAGAUAAGCUGUUCAACAACGAGCUUAACACCCUGGUUCAUGAGUCAAGAAAAAAUUACGAAGAUACCAACUACAAGCUGGCCCUGAAGGCAUCAUACUACGAUUUUACCAGUGCGAGAGACUUCUACCGUGAGGCGUGCACCGCAGCCGGUAUCAAGCCCCACAAGGAUCUCAUCUAUAGAUAUAUUGAGCUCCAGGCUCUGGUCAUGGCCGUCAUUGCACCACAUUGGUGCGAGUACAUUUGGCUGGAGAUCCUGAACAAGCCACGAUCGAUCCAGUACGAGCUGUUCCCCACUGUGCCGGCUCCGGAAGCUGCCCUGACUGCCGAGCGUGAGUACGUUCGCGCAACGGCAAGCAGCAUCAACUCAGCCGAGGCUGCGCAGCUGAAGAGGAAGGCCAAGGGCAAGGCCACCGCCUACGACCCGCGCCAGCCCAAGAAGCUGACCAUCUUCACGACCGAGAAGUUCCCCGCGUGGCAGGAGAAGUACAUCGAGCUGGUGGGCGAGGUGUGGAAGGGCGCGGGCUCCAUCGACGACAAGGAGCUCAACGGCCGCAUCGCCAAGAUGGGCGAGAUGAAGAAGGCCAUGCCUUUCGUGCAGGCCCUGAAGAAGCGCCUGCAGGCGGGCGAGGACCCUGCGGUCGUCCUGGCGCGCAAGCUGGCAUUUAACGAGCAGAGCACCCUCUUGGAUAUGGCGCCUGGUCUGAAGCGCUCGGCGGGCUUCUUGACGGUCGAGGUCAUCUUAGUGGAGGAGGGCAGCAAGAAGGGCAAGGACCUGACGAAUGGCGGCAAGGAGGUCGACGUGGAUUCCCCGGCCGAAGGAGCGACUCCCGGCUCGCCAACUUUCUCGUUCAGCAAUGUCGCGGCAUGA